AUGGAUCGGAAGUUGAGACAGAACAAGCCUCGCUUGCUGCUUAUGGGCCAAAGAAGGUACGGCAAAUCGUCCAUUACCAGCGUUGUCUUUCACAAGAUGCCCCCGCAAGAAACCUUGUUCCUAGAAUCUACGACUCGCAUCCAGAAAGACUCCAUGCACUCCUUCAUGGACUUUCAAGUAUGGGACUUCCCUGGGCAACUAGACUAUUUCGACCCGACCUUUGACACAACCGAGAUCUUCUCAGAGAUAGGUGCCCUGGUGUGGGUGAUCGAUGCCCAAGAUGACUACUCCGAUUCCUUGAACCGAUUGACCACCACCAUUCUCAAUCUGCAAACUACAUUCCCUCAUAUCAAUGUCGAAGUCUUUGUCCACAAGAUUGAUAGUCUCAAUGAAGAGUUCAAGGCGGAUAUUUUCCAGGACAUUGUCCAGAGAGUUGGUGAUGAGCUUAGUGAUCAAGGCUACAUCAACCCAAAUGUCAGUUAUCAUCUCACCUCGAUUUACGACCACUCGAUCUUCGAGGCAUUCAGUAAAGUCAUUCAGAAGCUGAUUCCUCAACUCGAUACCCUUGAAAAUCUCCUGGACAUGAUUGUCAACAGCUGUGGUAUGGCAAAAGCCUACCUCUUCGACAUUCUUAGCAAAAUCUACGUCGCCAGCGACACAAGGCCCGUUGACAUGGAGGUGUAUGAGAUGUGCUCCGACUACAUUGACGUCAUAGUCGAUAUCACCGACCUCUUCUCUUACGAGCGCAGUCAGAAGAAGGUCUUGGGGGAACAAAUGGAGGAAGCCGAAUCCUCCAUGACCAUUCAAGAUGGUACCAUGAUUUACUUGAAAGAGAUGAAUCGCUAUCUUUGCUUGGUGGCUUACAUCAAGAAUGCCGACGCGAAAGACAAGAAAGGGCUCAUCGACUAUAACGUUCACGUUUUUCAAGAUGCGAUCAACAAAGUGUUUGAGCGUGCGUGGGAGAAAGAUAAGACAGCUGAGAAUGGGGAUUCAGACCAGAGGUCGGUUAAGUCUGCCGCACAGACCCAGCUAGAGUCUCAGUUGGUACGGUAA